UGUGGUUGUUGGUAUUUUGGGUAAAUCCAAAUUAUAAAGUAAAACGAAGAAGCGGAAUUGUCUCUCUUCCCCUGAGCCAGCCAAUUUUCGUAUCGCCGUUUUGAAUUUCCUUCCCAAAUUCGGAGAGUGUAAAAUGAGCGACCACCUGGUGUUGUACGUCGACCGUCUCGUUCGCCCUGUGGCCUCGCAGCCGCCGUCCGAGCCUGCUGCUGAGGAGGCGGCGGCGAGGGAGACCGAGGCGGGGCCGUCGAGCUCGGUUGCGGAGGCGGAGGAGGACGGGGAGGAGGAGCCGCUGAUUCAGACGGCGGAGUGCCGGAUUUGCCAGGAUGAGGAUAGCGUGAAUAAUUUGGAAACUCCUUGCGGUUGUUGCGGCAGCCUCAAGUAUGCUCAUAGGAAGUGUGUUCAGCAUUGGUGCAAUGAGAAAGGAGAUAUUAUAUGUGAAAUUUGCCAUCAGCCUUACCAACCUGACUACACUGCACCUCCUCGUCCGCAUCCUGACGAAACUACUAUUGAAAUAGGAGGCUGGACACUCUCUGGAGCUCCUUUGAGUUUGGAUGAUCCGCGCAUCUUAUCAAUUACAGAAGCAGACCGUCAGUUUCUGGAUACUGAAUAUGAUGAGUAUGCUGCUUCAGACAGUAGUGGGGCUCCAUUUUUCCGAUCUGUUGCCUUAAUUCUAAUGGCGCUUCUUAUCUUGCGACAUGCAUUGAGGGUCACAGAUAAUAAUUCUGAUGAUGAUACCUCUGCCAUCUUCUCACUCUUUCUGCUUCGAGCGGCUGGAUUUCUUUUGCCCUGCUACAUUAUGGCUUGGGCGAUUAGUAUCUUGCAGCGUCGACAGCAAAGACAGGAAGCGGCAGCAAUGGCAGCAACCCAAGUCGCUUUUGUUCUUCAAUCUGGGCAACAUGGGGGUCUGCAAUUUGCGGUAGCAUCAAGCCCCCCUGGAACGACUGCACAGCAAGAAACUGCCUAAUCCUCAUGUAGUCAGGAAAAUGUGGGAGAGUUUUCUGUUCCAUUGUGUGGCUGAGUAAGAGGAAAUUAGUGAACAAAUAAAUGGAAACAUUAUGAACACAUUUCACGUUUUCCAGAAAUUUAAAAAGAGAAAGUAGAAACAAAAGAAAAGAGAAGGCUACAGCUUGAUGAUAUAGCUUCCCAGUUACCUAUCUGUCUGGUUGUCAUGUAUUUCAUGUAUGUAUUUAUAUUAAUUUCAUUCAACCAGGGAAAAAGGAAACAGUUAUUUUCCUUCUAGUUACCCUUCACCACAGCUGGUUGUGAUCUGGAACAGGUCGUCUUGUUCAAAUUGAAAAUAUUUGCCCUGUUUGUUGAUCCUAUUUUGUAUAAUACUUUUUGUUAUCCAAUUUCCAUACAAGGCUUAAGUAAUUCUUUUCAUUGUCAUUUUGCUCUGUACAUGAAUGAUGAUAGAGAUUCCUAACCUGGAAUCAAAUAAAUGUUUGCAAGUCUUUGAUCUGGGUCUUUGAA